AUGGAGUCAAUUUUAGAUUUCUCUAGUGAUCUGAAUAUCACAACGCUCGACGAGGUGGUAGACACCUUUUACAAAGGAUCGGGAGCGCAGCAAAAACAAGCACAGGACAUUUUGACCAAAUUUCAAGAGCAUCCAGAUGCAUGGCAACGUGCUGACAAGAUAUUGCAGUUUUCGAACAAUGCGCAGACCAAGUUUAUUGGAUUGACCAUUUUGGAUAAACUAAUCACUACGAAAUGGAAGCUCUUGCCCGAGGAGCAACGGGUCGGCAUCAGAAACUUCGUGGUCGGGAUGAUCAUAGUGAUGUGUCAAGGUGAUGCGUUAUUUCAUUCGCAGAAAAACCUUAUCAACAAGGCGGAUUUGACUUUGGUCCAGAUCUUGAAGCAGGAAUGGCCUCAGAAUUGGCCAGAUUUUAUCCCCGAGUUGAUCGGAAGCUCGAACUCUUCUGUCAACGUGUGUGAAAAUAACAUGAUUAUCCUGAAGCUAUUGUCUGAAGAAGUGUUUGAUUUCUCCGCGGAACAAAUGACGCAGGCAAAAUCACUGCAUCUAAAGACUUCAAUGUCCAAGGAAUUUGAACAAAUUUUCAAGCUUUGUUACCAGGUCCUUGAACAGGGGUCUUCGACGUCUUUGAUUGUAGCUGCUUUGGAGUCUCUUUUGAGAUAUCUGCACUGGAUUCCAUACCGCUACAUUUACGAGAGCAACAUUUUAGAACUGCUAAGCACCAAAUUUUUGAUGUCAGCCGAAACAAGAGCUGUCACUUUGAAAUGUUUGACUGAAGUAUCAAACCUCGAAAUACCACAAGAUAAUUCUCGCAUCAAGACCCAGACAGUUCUUUUCUUUCAAAACAGUUUACAACAAAUUGCAGGUAAUGUAAUUCCUGUGACAGCGGAUUUAAAAGCUACCUACGCCACGGCCACCGGUAUGGAUCAAUCUUUUCUGCAGGAUUUUGCAAUGUUUUUGACAACUUACCUGGCACGUCACAGAUCUCUCCUGGAAGAAUUGUCUGGAGCUGACGGUAAUCUGCGGGAGCUGCUUUUGAAUGCUCAUCAAUACUUGAUCCAACUGUCUAAAAUAGACGAAAGGGAACUUUUCAAAACGACAUUGGAUUACUGGCAUAAUUUGGUGGCCGCUUUGUUUUUAGAGGUGCAACAGCUGCCACACAAUGAAAUGAAUCCCUUGAUGCAGCUAUCUAUGGGAUCUCAGUCCAUUACAAGUAACAGUGGAGCUCUAAAUCCAGAGUUUUUGAGAAGGUUUCCAUUGAAAAAACAUAUUUACGAUGAAAUCUGCUCUCAAUUAAGGUGGGUUAUCAUUGAGAAUAUGGUCAGACCCGAAGAAGUGCUGAUUGUGGAAAAUGACGAAGGUGAAAUAGUGAGAGAAUUUGUCAAGGAAUCAGAUACCAUUCAGCUUUACAAGUCUGAAAGGGAGGUUCUUGUUUACUUAACCCAUUUGGAUGUUAUAGAUACGGAGGAGAUCAUGAUCAGUAAACUAGCAAGACAAAUAGAUGGCUCAGAAUGGUCAUGGCAUAAUAUCAACACGCUCUGCUGGGCCAUUGGUUCUAUCUCUGGUACGAUGAGUGAAGAGACAGAGAAAAGAUUCGUCGUUACUGUGAUAAAGGAUCUAUUGGCACUAACCGAGAAAAAGAGAGGUAAGGACAACAAAGCCGUUGUGGCGUCGAACAUCAUGUAUGUUGUGGGCCAAUAUCCUCGUUUCUUGAAAGCACACUGGAACUUCCUAAGAACUGUUGUGUUGAAGUUGUUCGAGUUUAUGCAUGAGACACACGAAGGUGUGCAGGACAUGGCUUGUGAUACCUUUAUAAAAAUUGUUCAGAAGUGUAAAUAUCACUUCGUCAUCCAGCAACCGAGAGAAUCCGAGCCAUUCAUCCAAACUAUCAUUAGAGACAUCCAGGAAACUACUGCUGAUUUGCAGCCGCAACAGGUCCAUACUUUCUACAGAGCGUGUGGUUUGAUCGUAAGUGAAGAAAGAAAUGCUGGUGAGAGAGAUAGAUUGCUGAGUGAAUUGAUGCAGCUGCCCAACAUGGCUUGGGAUGCCAUAGUUGAGCAAUCUUCUGCCAAUACUGAUUUGCUAUUGGACUCAGAAACGGUGAAAAUAAUUGCAAACAUUAUCAAAACAAAUGUUGCAGUCUGUACCUCAAUGGGGGCAGAUUUCUACUCCCAACUUGGUCACAUAUACUACAACAUGCUUCAACUGUACAGAGCUGUCUCUUCAAUGAUUUCCACUCAAGUCGCAAACGAGGGUUUGAUUGCUACCAAGACACCCAAGGUGCGUGGCUUAAGAACAAUAAAGAAAGAGAUUUUGAAGUUGAUUGAAAUAUACAUUUCAAAGGCAAAGAAUCUGGAAGUUGUCGAAGUCCUCGUGGAGCCACUACUAAAUGCUGUUCUUGAGGAUUAUAUGAAGAAUGUCCCAGAUGCUAGAGAUGCCGAAGUUUUGAACUGCAUGACCACAGUGGUGCACAAGGUUGGUCAUAUGAUACCUCAGGGUGUUAUUUUGAUUCUGCAAAGUGUCUUCGAAUGUACAUUGAACAUGAUCAAUAAAGAUUUCACCGAAUACCCUGAACAUCGUGUCGAGUUUUACAAGUUGUUGAAGGCAAUCAAUGAAAAGUCAUUCAAUGCUCUGUUGGAACUCCCCGCAGCUGCAUUCAAAUUGUUCGUGGACUCUAUCUGCUGGGCUUUCAAACAUAACAAUCGUGAGGUCGAGGUUAACGGCUUACAAAUCGCCGUCGAUCUCGUUAAGAACAUCGAGAAAUUGAACGGAUCAACUUUCGCUAAUGCGUUCUUCAAGAAUUUCUACUUCACAUUCGUAAGUGAGACGUUUUACGUUCUCACCGAUUCUGAUCACAAAUCAGGGUUCUCGAAGCAGUCUCUGUUGCUAAUGAGGCUUAUCUCACUUGUUGAAGAUAAUAAAAUUGGCGUACCUCUUUACGCUGAGGGUGAAGCUCCAGAAGGUACUUCAAACCAGGUAUAUUUGAAUGAAUACCUGGCCAACAUGCUUGGCAACGCAUUUCCACAUUUGGCCAGAGAACAGGUCACAAAUUUCUUGAUAGCGUUGCUCAAACAAUACAAAGAUCCUUCAAAGUUCAAUGGUACUUUAAGAGAUUUUCUGGUACAGAUCAAAGAAGUGGGAGGCGAUCCGACCGAUUAUCUAUUUGCAGAAGAGAAGGAGAAAGCUUUGCUCGAACAAAGCAGACUUGAAAAGGAGAGAGCUUCUAAAGUCGGCGGGUUGUUGAAGCCUUCCGAGCUCGACGAUGAUUAG